UAAUCAAGCUAUGCAGACUCAGGAGAUCUUUGUAGCUGCAGCUCAAAAAUGUUUGUCCACCAAAAGGAAAUGUUUGUCACUUUCUCAGAGUCUUGACUUGGCUGCUCAGCUCUCAGCUGUUGAUCAGGCAGUGAAACCGGCGCUGCUCUACGACGCCAACGGCGCCAGUGCAGAGCAAGUGCAUCAGUAUUUGCGCCUGUGUCAGUCGUCUCAGCUCGUGUCCAAAUCGCUGGUCAUAUUGGACUUGAAUGGUAACAGCAUCAUUGUUAAUCCACGCAUAGUAUCCUACAAUCUGGCCCAGGUGCUUCAAAAUGGCGGACCCGUGGUGAUUGACGUCUGCCUUUCGCAGAGGAAACCCACUGUUGUGGAUCCAGUCAGAGGAGGGCUGAAGAGCAUCGCACAAGAUCUGCUUGAUCUCCUCAGAAGGUUAGACACAGCAAAUAAUGUUCCAUAUGUGGCAGAAAGAUCAGAUGAGUGGAACUUGAGCACGGUCUUUGGACUCUUACUGGGCUACCCCGUCACCUACUGGUUCGAUCAGACAAAGAGCUUUGAGAACUGCCUCUCUAUGACCCCCCUGAUGGUGACCUCAGUGCACGCGACAUGGCGAGUAGAUGCCACCAGCCACAAAUGUCGCUUGUAUUCGUUUAGCAUCCCCACCGUCGUGCAGAAUGAGAUACAGUCCAAUCUGGAGGACUGGAAGCUUGGCGUUCAAGAGAGAUUCCAGCAACAAAAUGUCCUCAAACACCUCACUGUUUGUCAGUCUGUAGUCACUUUACCUUCAGUCUGUUUGUGACUCAUCAUUACCUUGAAUUCAUGACUCCCAAUAAAAUGUCCAAGAAGC